UCGGGAUCUCACAUACGCUGACAUCGAAGUUUAAUAUUCCUUCUGUUUCGUAAUAUUUAAUUACGUGUAGACCUAUAAAAUGAUUACAUUUAAGACUAAACUUCAUUAGCAGAAUGACAACGGAUACACUGUAAAGUUAACGGAGACAUAUAAAAGGACGUUGUAGGGUUGUCGUGAAAACAGCACACGACGAUGUCCCAAUCAAAAGUUCCAUGUGGGUUGAUAAAUCAGGGGAUGACAUGCUACCUGAAUACAGUUCUACAGACGCUCUUCAUGACAGUUAAAUAUAGAAAUAAAGUGCUGAGCCCAGAAAAGGACAGUGACCAAUCCCCAGAGAAAAACAUCUUAAAGGCACUGGCUAAUUUAUUCAGGAAACUAGAGGAUGAAAAAUCAGCAGUUGACACAAAAGAGGUCACAGAUGCUCUUAACAUCCCUGAUGUUUUUGAGCAACAGGAUGCAGCAGAAUAUCUGCAGAUGAUAUUACACAAAACGCCUGAGCCAUCAACGGUUUUUAGGGGUACCAUGCAAACCACCACCAAAUGUUAUUCCUGCACAGAAAAAUAUGAAGCAGAAACAGAUUUUCUGUCAAUACCCAUGUCUGUUGACAACAAAGGACAAAACGCUGUGCAUGAAGCUUUGUAUGCGUAUGAGGACGUCCAUGAGAUGAAUGAUGAAGAUCAACUUUACUGUGUUAACUGUGACUCAAUGAAAAACAUGCAAAUUGCAAAUUACAUUAAGGAAUGGCCAGAUAUUUUGACUCUGCAGAUAAAAAGAUUUGAAAUGACCUUAACACAGAUGGGAGUUGACUAUUGUAAAAAUGAAUAUCAAGUUAAUUUUCCUUCAGAAAUUGAGGUUUAUGAUCUAAACUAUGAGUUGCAUGUCAUCAUCAACCACCAUGGCACAUACAAAAGUGGCCAUUAUGAUGUGUUUAUUAAAGAUGAGAGUAAAAAAUGGUUUUAUUUCAAUGAUCACAUCGUUCAAAAGGUUGAUUGCACAACCACCGAGCUGAUUAGGCACAGCUGUAGGUCUGCAUAUCUACUGAUGUACAGAUCAGUGCCAGAAGAGUCUACAAAAGAAGAUGAGAGGCCAAAGGAGCAAAAUUGCAGACCACAAACAGAGACCAAUAAAGGCAGAAGAUCUGAUGAUACGCCUCAAAGAACUCCUCAACAGGCUUUAGCUUCCGCAGAAAAGUGGGAUGCAAGAGAGAUCAGUCAGAAAAGGAAGAAGACGAAAAAGCCAGAAGAUGAGGGUACCAGCAGUAAGGACAAGAAAACUAAAGACAUGAGUCAACCGCCCUGUCCAAAGAGCAGCAUGCAAGAAUACUCUCAAGAUAAUAUUGGUGAUGCAUCAGAAGAAAACACAAGUGUAGUAUCAGCAUGCCAUUUGAAGACUUUCAAACAGAGAAUGAAACAGCAGCUCAUGUAUUUGGAAGAAGGAACAUUUAAUGGAGAAAGACAGCUACUGACGGACAUAUUUAUAGAGCACAACAUGAGAGAGAAAACGUUUCUCUGCACUGCUGAUGAUAAAGAGAUUAUGUGCAGCAAGAUCUUUGAAGGAGAGAACAUCAAAACCGUUCUGACAAAGGGUGACGCUGGCUUUGGAAAAACCGUGUCCGUGCAGAAGUUUGUUCUGGACUGGGCUGAAGAGAGGACACAUACUGAUAUCAAGUAUAUAUUUCUGAUAACAUGUCAGAAGUUGAACAUCAUCAGUGAAAAUGUGAUGAAAUGUAGCUUCAUAGAGCUUCUGCAACAAUGUUUUGACAUCACAGAAGAUUUGAAACUUUGUGACUCUGACAAGAUCAUGUUCAUCCUUGAUGGUCUCAAUGAGUUGAAACUUCCUCUAGACUUUGAAAGAACCAAGAAGAUUACAGAUGUAAAUCAGUCAGCUUCAGUUGCUGUUCUACUAACAAACCUCAUUAGGAGAAAUCUGCUUCCAAAGUCUCUUAUCUGGAUAACCAGCAGACCAGGAGCAGCCGCUCAGAGACAUGAGACAUAUGUUGAUCGCGUGACACAGCUCAAUGGGUUUAAUGACAAACAGAAAGAAAAAUGUUUCAGGAAGAGUAUUACAGACCAGAGGAUGGCUAAUAGAGUCAUCAGUCACAUCAAGACAUCAAGACGUAUCCACAGCAUUUGCCACAUACCAGAUUACUGCAGGAUUCUAGCAACAAUGUCAGAGGCAAUGCUCUGGACAGAUCAUGAAGAGAUCCCCAAGACUCUUACUCAAAUGUAUGCAACAUUGCUAGUAGCUCAGACUAAAAUGCCCUCUCAUUUUCUGACAAAAGAAAACAUCCUAUCUUUGGCCUGUCUAGCUUUUCAACUGCUUGUAAAUGGGAAAUCUUCUAUUUGUGCUGAAGAUUUGAAAAGAAUGGAAACUAUUAUGACAAGCUCUGCAAAUAUAAAAACUGGCAUAAUUUGCCAGAACAAAAACAAGUCAUUCUGUUUUGUUAAUCACAGAACACAAGAGUUCCUGGCAGCUUUAUAUGUGACUGAGAUGAUCACCAGAGGCCGUAGUCAUGUACACACAGGUCAUGUUCAAGAAUUCUCCAUUCUAAAACUUGACCCAAGCUAUGGAGACAUGUGCUUCACAGAGUAUCACUUACUCCAGAAUGUGGUGGACAGGGCUUUAGAGAGACAGAUGGAUGAUUUUCUCUGCUUUUUACUGGGUCUUUCACUGGAGUCCAGUCAGAGAAUUUUACAAGGAUUCCUGACACAGAGAGAAAGCGGAUUCUGCAUCAAACAGGCCAUAACUGAAAACAUCAAGAAAAUGAUACAGAAUUCUCCUCCAGAAAAAAGCAGCCGUCUGUUUAAUUGUUUGAUGGAAGUAGAUGAGCGUUUUUUGGUGCAGGAAAUCAAAGCCCAACUAACAUAUGGAGUCAGACUCUCUCCUUCUGAGUGGUCAGCUCACAUGUUUGUGUUGGUGAACUCAGAAGAGCAGCUGGAUGAGAUUGAACUGAGUAAAUCUGGUCAGUUAGAGAAACACUCUCUGAAGCUUCGACCGGUGCUCAAAACAUCUGGAGAACCUGAGGUGUACCAGUGUGGAAUUGGUGCCAAAGGUUGUGCUGAUCUGAGAUCAGCUAUGAGAUUACACGUUCACCUGACAGAACUGGACCUGAGUGGAAAUUACCUCGGAGAUUCAGGAGUGAAACAGAUUAUAGCUCUACUAAAAGAUCCUCGGUGUAAAUUAGAGAAACUCUGGUUGAGAUCUUGUAAUAUUACAGAGGAAGGCUUUACUGAUCUGAGUUCAGCUCUAAAAUCCUGCUCACAUCUGACAGAACUGGACCUGAGUGGCAAUUUCCUUGAUGAUUCUGGAGUGAAGCUGGUGUCAUCUCUUAUGUCUCACUGUAAACUGAAGAGGCUAUUCUUGAGAUCUUGUAAUAUUCAUGAGAUGGGUUGUGCUGAUCUGACUUCUGCUUUGACAUCAAACCCCUCACAUCUGAGAGAACUGGACCUGAGUAAUAAUUUACUUGGAGAUUUAGGAGUGAAACAGCUUUCAGCUUUACUUGACGAUCCUCACUGUAAACUGCAGAAACUAUGGUUGAAGUGUUGUCGUAUUGGAGAGAGAGGCAGUGCUUUUCUGCUUGCAGCUCUGCAAUCAAACCCGUCACACCUGACAGAAUUGGACCUGAGUGAAAACGUUUUAUGUUCUUCAGGACUAAAAGAUGUUUCUUUUUUUUUAAAUAAUUCAAGCUGCAGGCUAGUGAAAAUAAUGUUGAGAUCUUGUAAGAUUCCUGCGAUGGGUUGUGCUGCUCUGAGUUCAGCUCUGAGAUCAAACCCCUCACAUCUGACAGAACUGGAUCUGAGUGACAAUGUGUUGAGUGAUUCAGGAGUAAAACAGAUUUCAGCUCUACUAAAACAUCCUCAGUGUAAACUUCAGAAACUGUGGUUGAGAUCUUGUUUGAUUCAUGACAGAAGUUGUGCUGAUCUGAGUUCAGCUCUGAGAUCAAACCCCUCACAUCUGACAGAACUGGACCUGAGUAACAACUGGCUUAGUGAUUCAGGAGUAAAACACAUUUCAGUUGUACUGUGUAAACUGAAGAAACUCUGGUUGAGAUCUUGUAAUAUUACAGAGGAAGGUUGUGCUGAUCUGAGUUCAGCUCUGAGAUCAAACCCCUCACAUCUGACAGAACUGGACCUGAGUGACAACUGGUUUAGUGAUUCAGGAGUAAAACAGCUUGCACAUAUCCUACAGGAUCAUCGGUGUGAACUACAGAAACUGUGGUUGAGAUCUUGUCGUAUUAAAGAGGAAGGUUGUGCUGAUCUGAGUUCAGCUCUGAGAUCAAACCCCUCACACCUGAGAGAACUGGACCUGAGCAACAAUGAAAUCAGAGAUUCAGGAGUGAAACACAUUUCAGCACUAAUAAAACAUCCUCGGUGUAAACUAGAGAAACUGUGGUUGAGAUCUUGUUAUAUUACAGAGAAAGGCUGUACUGAACUGAGGUCAGCUCUGAAAUCAAAGCGCUCAUAUCUUACAGAACUGGACCUGAUUGACAAUGAUAUUGGAGAUUCAGGAGUGAAAAAGUUUUCAGAUCUACUUGAAGAUCCUCAGUGUAAACUAGAGACACUGUGGUUGAGAUCUUGUUUGAUUCAUGACAGAAGUUGUGCUGAUCUGAGUUCAGCUCUGAGAUCAAACCCCUCACACCUGACAGAACUGGACCUGAGUUAUAAUCACCUUUAUGACUCUAUGGUGGAAAAGCUUACACUUUUACUAAAACAUCCUCAGUGUAAACUUCAGAAACUGUGGUUGAGAUCUUGUCACAUUAAUGAGGAAGGUUGUGCUGCUCUGAGUUCAGCUCUGAGAUCAAACCCCUCACACCUGACAGAACUGGAUCUGAGUGACAACUGGCUUGGUGAUUCAGGAGUAAAACAGAUUUCAGCUCUAAUAAAACAUCCUCAGUGUAAACUUCAGAAACUGUGGUUGAGAUCUUGUAAUAUUCAUGAGAUGCGUUGUGCUGAUCUGAGUUCAGCUCUGAGAUCAAACCCCUCACAUCUGACAGAACUGGACCUGAGUGACAACUGGCUUAGUGAUUCAGGAGUGGAACACAUUUCAGCUCUAAUAAAACAUCCUCAGUGUAAACUGCAGAAACUGUGGUUGAGAUCUUGUCAUAUUAAAGAGGAAGGUUGUGCUGAUCUGAGUUCAGCUCUGAGAUCAAACCCCUCACAUCUGACAGAACUGGACCUGAGUGAAAAUAACAUCAGAGAUUCAGGAGCAGAGCAGCUUUCACUUCUGCUUAAAGAUCCACUGUGUAAAUUAGAGAUACUCUGGCUGAAUUCCUGCAGCAUCACACAUGAAUGCACUCAUCUGCUGAAAUCACACAAGACAAAAGUGUAUCUCAAUGUUGUAAACUUAGGUGACACAGCAGAGCUGGAGACUUGUUUUAGUCAAAUGAACUUGUUGUAAGCAAAAUACUGCAUGUACAGUAUGUGAUUUACACCAGUAUUACAUUUGAUCCACUUACUGUAUCAACAUUGAAAACUCAAAAACUACAGUAAGAAUUUUAUUUCAGAAUUUGGGGUGAAAAUAUUUAUUGUAUGGUUAUCUUUGUAUAAGCUGAGGUGGUGACUGGAAGGUUGUGAUGUGGGAUGUGUUUUUUUCUGUUAAUCGAACAACCACAUGUGAUGUGCAUCAAAACAUUAUAAAACAAGUAAAAAAACACCCUUUUGGCCCUACCUCAUUUUUCUUUGCCUUUUUCAAUAAUUCUGUUCAGUCAUUUAACUCAAAACAUAUUGUACAACUAAUAAAUAAAACAUUGAAU